CUUGUCCGAGUCCAUUGCGCAGCGCUGUGCCGCCCCGUCCACAUCUUCAGCCUCACUCACAAGACAAAAGCGACUACAAGGGGAUGGAAGCUACACGAAAGAAAUGAGGAAUAUUCUUUUCACCGUCAUCCGACUCUAGAAGAUCAUUUACAACCGCAGAAAAAACUGAAGAAGUGAUUGGUUGAAACGCGAAGGCACCAUGGGCUGUGUGGGCUCAAAGAAGGAACAGGAGCCUCUCGGCAAAGGGAUGGGUAAUGACGAUCUGCAGAACCGCACACAGACGGCCCACUAUGUCAAAGACCCCACUGCAGGAAACUCCGGAAAUAAAGCUAGCAAAAUGCCUUCCAAUGCCAAUGCACCAGAUGGAGAGAGCAUUGCCAUGGCACUGUACGACUAUGAGGCCAUUCAUGAUGGAGACCUCGGCUUCAAGAAGGGAGAUAAACUCCGAAUCUUAGAGGAAUCGGGGGAGUGGUGGAGAGCUAUGUUAAUCAGUACAGGUCAGGAAGGCUUCAUUCCCAGUAAUUAUGUAGCCAAAGACACUUUGGAGGCAGAGGAGUGGUUCUUCAAGGGUGUGAGCAGGAAAGAUGCUGAGCGGCAGCUGCUGGCCCCUGGGAACAAAGUGGGAUCCUACAUGAUCCGAGACAGUGAAACCACCAAGGGCAGCUACUCUCUGUCUGUCAGGGAUAGCGAUGUUCAGUCUGGUGACACAGUUAAACAUUAUAAGAUCCGUACCUUGGACAACGGAGGAUUCUACAUCUCUCCCCGCAUCACCUUCAGCACCCUGCAGGAGCUGGUCAGCCAUUACAAAAAGCAGGGAGAUGGCCUCUGCCAAACCCUGACCAACCCGUGCCUGAGUCCCAAACCUGAGAAGCCAUGGGAGAAAGACGCUUGGGAAAUCCCAAGAUCAUCACUCAAACUGGAGAGGAGGCUCGGUGCUGGGCAAUUUGGAGAAGUCUGGAUGGCUACAUACAAUAAGCACACAAAGGUAGCAGUGAAGACCAUGAAGCCUGGCAGCAUGUCAGUUGAAGCCUUCAUGGCUGAGGCCAACCUGAUGAAGACUCUACAGCAUGACAAACUGGUUCGACUCAACGCUGUGGUCACCAAGGAGGAGCCUAUCUAUAUUAUCACUGAGUUCAUGGAGAAAGGUAGUUUAUUAGACUUCCUAAAGAGUGAUGAGGGCAACCGUGUCCAGCUCCCCAAGCUCAUCGACUUCUCUGCCCAGAUUGCAGAGGGCAUGGCCUACAUUGAGCAGAGGAACUACAUCCACAGAGACCUGAGAGCUGCCAACAUCUUGGUCAAUAAGGCUUUAGUGUGCAAAAUUGCUGACUUUGGUCUUGCUCGCAUCAUUGAAGACAACGAGUACACAGCCAGGGAAGGGGCCAAAUUCCCUAUCAAGUGGACCGCCCCUGAGGCCAUCAACUACGGCUCUUUCACCAUUAAAUCAGACGUCUGGUCCUUUGGCAUCUUGCUGACAGAGAUUAUCAGCUAUGGACGCACACCAUACCCAGGUAUGACCAACCCAGAAGUGAUCCGUUCCCUGGAGAAGGGCUACCGAAUGCAGCGCUUGGACAGCUGUCCCACGGAACUCUAUGAAAUCAUGUUGGAGUGCUGGAAGAACAAGCCAGAAGACCGCCCUACCUUCGAUUACCUGCAGAGUGUCCUGGAGGAUUUCUACACAGCCACAGAGAGCCAGUAUCAGCAGCAGCCAUGAGACUUAACAUCCACAGACAGAUUUUCACACAGUUUUUACACAUUUUUCUACACAGUAGAAUAACAAUUCGGUUCCUUUCAUAUAUAACAGAAAAAAAAGAAAUUUCUGCAAACAGUAGUGCAGUUCAGAACACACACACACACACACACACACACAC